GUGCGUACUCGUCAUCGCGUCUGUGCGUUCAUGCGUAAGGAAGGCGACGAGAUUCGCUGGGGAGAGACCCGCGGCGCGGACUCGGGAUUAUUUCACGUCUUUACGCGUCUGAUGAGUGAAUAUUCCAGUGUCCAGAUUUAUGAUGGACGAUCAUGUGCAGUGCACAAUCUGCUUGGAUCCGUUCAAAUGCCCGGUGACAAUCCCGUGCGGUCACACCUUCUGCAAGGCCUGCAUCUCCAAAUACUGGGACGGCAGGGACAAAGACUUCCACUGUCCGUUUUGUAAAAAAACCUUUGACACGAGGCCCGAGCUGAACCGCAACGUGUCUCUGUCCAUGUUAACGGAGAUCAGCAAGCACAGCCCGGUCAAGACAGGAGCCUGCGUCCACACGGAGCCGGAGCCGGAGCCCGAGCAGAUCUGUGAGCGGCACCAGAAACCUCUGGUCAUCUACUGCAGGAACGACAGCAUGUGUGUUUGCUACGAGUGCUCUGUCAACGAGUGCAAGGGCCAUGAUAAAAUGUUGGUGGUAGAAGAACGGAAGAACAGAGAGGCAGAAUUGAAGAAAAAGGGUGCAAAGUUAAAAAACCACCAGGAAAGCACUGAGGGAAACCGCUUGGAGCUCAUGGAGAACAUGGAAAAAGCAAAGGUAUCACUACAGCAGACGUCUCAGUGGGUGAACACCAAGUUCUCACAGCUCAUAAAGGUACUGGCAGAGAAACAGGAAGUGACCGAGCUUUUUCUGGAGCAGCAGCAGGAAGUGACGCUGUCCCAGGCUGAGGAGAGGCUGGCUGUUCUGGAGGAGAGAGCAACACAGCUCGCUGCCCUUCAGGAGGAGAUCAGCAGCCUGUGCUCGCUCCCUCCCUGCCAGCUCAUCAAGGACUCCAGGUUCAUAGAGGUCCCACAGUUCGGUGACGUUCCCGUGGAUGUGCAUGUGAGCGUGCAGGAGAAGCUGACGCCCGUCACAGACGUCCUGUCCCGCGUGUCCAAGCUGGUGUGUGAGGAUCUGGAGAGAGCCGUUCAGGUGUCCGCAGGACAGGAUAAAGAGGGCUCUCCUCAAGAUAAAAGGCCAAUUUUGGCCGUUGUUCCCAGUCCUGCAACACCGUCGUAUCCAGCCGAGACAGAGGGACUGAACGCCUACCGCUGCAACCUGACCUUCGACCCUCGCACAGCCAACGCUCACCUACGGCUCUCCCAGAGCAACAGGAGGGCGGAGCAUCUGAUCUCGGGGCCCCGCCCCGUGCCGGCCGACGAGUCCCGCUUCGACCACACCUGGCAGGUGCUGUGCUUCCAGAGCUUCACUCACGGCCAGCACUACUGGGAGCUGGAGGUGUCCAAACCGUGGGCCUACGUGGGCGUGACGUACCCCAACAUCCCGCGCAAGGAGAAGGGCAAGCGCUGCAUGGUGGGGAUGAACGAGCUGUCCUGGAGCCUGCAGCUGGACGAGAGGCAGCUGAGCGCGUGGCACGCCGGCUGCAAGGAGUCCGUCGCCGCUCAGCUGCAGCCGAACGCUCAGCCGCUGCGCAUCGGGAUGCUGCUGGACUACGAGGCCGGGACGCUGACGUACUACGGCGAGGGACAGGUCCGGCUGCACGCUUUUCACUGCGCCUUCACGCAAGCGCUGCUCCCGGCCUGCUGGAUCGGGAAGGGCGUCACCAUCACGCUCUGUGAACCGCGAGCGUGAACGGGCUCCAUCCUGGGAAACGGAUGUGUCCCUUACCGCGGCUGAACCUGAGACGCGUGGCCUUCCUGACGAGCUCGGGAUCCGGUCUGGGAUGGCUCGGGUUGGUCUGUGGAGAAUUGUGCGAGGGCCGAAAUACACUUCACAGAAGCGCAUGAAUGCAGAUGCUCAUGUAUGUGACCCUGGGCCACAAAACCUGUCAGUUUUGCGAAAUGUGUAUUUAUGCGCCGUCUGAAGGCUGGAUAAUUAAGCUUUUCCGUUGGCGUACGGUUUGUUAGGACAGUAUUGGGAUGAAAUACAACAAAAAAAAAAAUAGGGUGCAAAAAAAUAUAAAUGCUGACAAAAUCGCCUUUAAAGUUGCCCAAAUGAAGUUCUUAGCAAUGCAUAUUACUAAUCAAAAAUUAUGCUUUGAUAUA